ACGUUCAUAUAAAUAGAUUUUUUACAAAAUAGUUUUUUAUUACUGUUCUCAGAAACUCCCUUUUACCUACUGCGGAGAGAAAGGAACACAAUGAAGAUAAUUUGGCUAACUCUUUGCAUUAUGUCCUGUUUCUGGCAGAAAUCGUCCUCACAACAUCAUCAAGCAGGAUGGGAAACAGGCUUCAGUGACCAAUAUAGAAGUGAAAAUACUCUUGGCCAGUAUGCCUUCGGUUACAACGAAGAUCACACUUCAGGGGGAUCUUUCCGAAGGGAAACCAGCGAUGAAUUUGGAAACAAGGUUGGUUCAUACGGUUUGAGAAUCUCUGACGGCAGAGUCAGAAUCGUCAAUUACGUAGCGGAUAAUAAUGGAUACAGAGCCAACAUCUACAGCAAUGAACCAGGCUUGGCGCCUCAGAACUUCGGCAAUUCUUUGAAAAUAACCAAACAGAGAAUUCAUGGAGUUAUGAUUCCCGGAUUCAAAUAUUCUGGAGAAGCCCCCCAUGUUUUAUUUAAUAAUCCAAAUUCUGAAAUGCCACACCAUUUGCAAAGUCAUCCAACGCAAGAAGUUGAGCACAGAAUUGCAAGUGGUACAUUCGAAGAUUCAAAUCCGAUGACAAAAUCCGAAGAGAUGAAUAAAUUCAACGACGGGCGUUUUCCAACAUCUAGAGACAGCGCGGGAGGCUUCGAGAAUAGAAUGUCAGCUGGUCACAUGGGUGGAAUGGAACAUCGAGAUAAUGUUCAUGAAGGUUCAGUAGAGUCAUACACAGAUAUUGGAGGUGAUACGCAAGAUAAUGUUAUUCAUUCGACAAAAUUUGAUGAUCAUCUUUCGUAUGAUGACGAUGAAUUUCGAAAUGUUCCCUACCAUGGACAUGCACAAUACACAGACGAAAAUGUCCAAGAUGUCACCCCUCAGUACAACCACCAUUCCGAUGUAGCAAUACCAAUCGAAAAGCCAAACUCUUUUGCAGAGGAAGAUCAACAGUUUGAUGACGAUCUUUCAUAUUACCCCAGUAAUCUUCACAGCACGGAAUCCAGCAUUCUAUCAGAAAGAACCACGGAUGAAACUACUCAAUCCGAGUCACCCUUAGAAAAAGAUAUUCAAGCAAUGUCAUCAGAUGGUAUUUCUUCUGGAAGAAAUGGUUUUGUUUUCCCCACUGAAUCACCAGAGAAGAAAAUGCCAGAAGUAACGCACACAGACCAAAAGAAUAAUGCUACUGUAACUAAGUAAUCAGUGGUUGUUUGUAACUAUUUCAAAAAUACCAUUCAUUUAAUUUAUAAAAUAAAAAAUAAAGAAAAAA